AUGCUGAGUUCUCCUGAAGAUGACGAGCCAUUAGAAGCAGAGACUCAACGACGACGCAAGCAAUCCAUUCGCCGACUUCAUGCCAUUCACGAAUUAUUGCAAACCGAACGUGAUUAUGUGGAAGAUCUGCAUCAUCUAGUCAAGAUAUGCUUUCAACAGGCACUGGCUCGCCAAGAGUGGAUUCCCAAAUCCAAUAAGCAAAUGAUUAUGCGAAACGCCGAUGCCAUUCUUGCAUUUCAUCAACAGUUCCUUGCAGAUUUGGAAUACACUCUCUCAAAUGACACUGGAAAUUGUGUCAUCACCAUCGCCAACUUAUUCCUUCAUUUGAAUCAGUGCUUCCUUCUCUAUACAUCUUAUUGUGACAGACACACAGACGCACUGGAUUUGUGUAUCGAGUACCGGAGCAAGCCCGAAUGGACUUUGUUUCUAAAAGAAUGCGCGGCAGUUGACCCCAUGCAGUCGCCUUCCAACCCAUCUGUAGCCAACAAACGCCUUCAUUUUGAAGAUUAUCUCAUCAAGCCUGUGCAAAGAAUAUGCCGUUAUCCCUUGCUUUUUAGGGAAAUCUUGCGGAAUACUCCUUCGGAAACAGAGGAACAUAUUCUCCUUCGAGAAGUCUUACGAAAAAUGCAGGCCAUUUUGACGGAUAUCGACCAACAGAAAUACCAACGUGAUAUUCGUAAACGAACGGAAUUGUUCAUUGAACGGCUCGAGGAAGACUGGAGGAUGAAGAAGCGUCACUUGAGCCGGCUCGGCAACCUAGAAAUUGCCGGUGCACUUGAUGUCACAUUGGCUGCCCCAGGUCAGACCACCACUCGGCCACGGUAUUUGGGAUGUUUUGUAUUCCCCACCUAUAUCAUCUUCGCAAGAGCCAAGAAAGUGACCUCGUACGUUCCUAAGCAUUGGUUUCCUCUCAAGCUCGUCGAAGUCCAAGAACUGCCCGACCGACAUGGCAAAACCGAAAAUACCUUUAUCAUCCGAUGCCGACAGUAUGUGUUUACAUUGACGGCCAGUUGUCUCCAGGAGAAACAUCUGUGGGUCAACAAGUUGGUGUCCCUUGUCGAAGGUGCCAAAACCAAAUCCAAUGUCGACGGUCACGGUCCCGAAGAAUUUUUGGUCACAUCGCUUGCUGGCGUUAAUUUACCUGCAAAUACCCAUCGACAACCGAUUCGCCUAUCCCACUCCGUCACCAAUUUGUUUGAGUUGAGUAAACCGUGUCCAUCAUUCACGACAGCCAGUUUAUCUCCCUACGAAAACGGCUCGAUGCGUCGAUCAUUGUCCGUCAGCUUGAGCCUGCACCUCGCCAAAGACACUGACAACGACAACGACAACGAGGUGAUGCCCCCGUUGCCUAUCAACACCAUGCAAUUGAUCCAGCGCUAUUCCACCGAUGAAGCGAGCCAGAAAAAGUGCCAAGAACUGAAAAACCGCAACAAUUCCGAAACAUAUACAAAGCCGUCCCUUGAAUCGUUUGGGGUGGCGAAUAUGCGAAAACGACCGAGUUCUCUGGAUCUACUUUCCUCAUCGCAUUACUCACCGGGUAUGCUGGGUAAGAUACGCAACAAUCAUCAGAACACUAUACGUAUAUCCACCGAUCACAAGUUUCGCGACGUAUGUACUCAAGAGUACUUGUCAUCACGAGCGUGGUAC